GUUGCUUUCCUUUGGUCUCCUGCGUGUCCCAACUCAAUGUCCCUUGACAUGUCCUCCACAAAUUAAGCCCACCAACAACAGAAAUAUGAGUAACUAUAGAAUUUCUUUACAUUCCGACCUAAUAAUUCCACUAUAUAUGUCACCAUCCAUCUCUGAUAUUUAGUCUUCAUUUGGCUACUAAAUGUAUAGCUUCCUUCAUUAAUUCUAUUGAAAAAUGGGACUCAUCCUCUAUCUAGACACUGUCUUUAUCCCCUUUAGUCUCUUCCUUGUAUUGGGUUAUCAUGCCUGUCUUUGGCAAAGCUUCAAGCAGAAGCCCUCUACUACCAAAAUUGGUCUCGACAAGUUUAGGAGGAAAACAUGGUUUCUAGACAUAAAACAGGGUGACGAUAAGAAGGGUAUGUUGGCAGUCCAAAGCCUGAGAAACACUCUAAUGGCCACGAUUCUCAAUGCUUCCGUAGCCAUCCUGGUUAACUUAGCAUUGGCUGCUUUGACAAACAACACAUACACUGCCAACCAUCUUUUCAACAGUGAAAUUUUCGGCUCACAAUCGGGUAGGAUGUAUGCUCUAAAGUAUGGUUCAGCAUCACUGUUUCUGUUGGUUAGCUUCUUAUGCUACUCAAUGGCCCUGGGAUAUCUGAUUGAUGCCAAUUUCUUGAUAAAUGCUUCUGGUGAUGAUCAGUUCUCAUCCGAUCCUGCCUACACACAAACCAUAUUUGAACGAGGGUUUGCUUUGGCCCUAAUCGGAAACCGGGUGCUCUGCAUAUCAUUUCCUACGUUGCUGUGGAUGUUUGGUCCGUUGCCGGUGGCACUGUCCACGGCAGCGUUGGUUUGGGGGUUGUAUGAACUUGACUUCAAUGCAAAUUGAAUAUCCAAAAAACCCUGGUUAGCCUUCAGAAUUUAAGUUGUAUCGUAUAGAGAUCAUUAAUAUAUAAAGAAUAGAAAAUGAAAGAAAAUUUUAAUUAAACGAUACAAAUUAUAAGAAAACGGAAACAAAAACAAACUUUCUAAAAAAUUCAUACAUCAGAUCUUCGACUUAGGUAAGGCUACAAGUAUCUUCUUACACUGAGACUAGACAUCAUCGGUAGAAAAACCUAUGCU